CGCCGGCGAGGCUCAAACGCAGCUGGUUUAAUGAGAGACGGAGGAGCAGACUGCUGCGGGCUGCAGCGCCCCCUGGUGACCGGGAGGGGAACUGGUCGUGUGGGAAACACAUGACACCGUGUUGUUUAAAAGGAAACGCCUCACAGCCUCACAGCUCAGUCGACACAGUGCUCCUGUCUCGGACCGGCUACACGAUACUGGCCGUCAUCAUGGGCGCGUUCUCUGUGGUGGGGAUCAUCCUCAACGUCCUGGUGAUCGUGGUGACAAUGAGACACAGACAGCUCAGACAGCCGCUCAGCUACGCCCUCGUCAACCUGGCCGUAUGUGACCUGGGCUGCGCUGUGUUCGGUGGUCUGCCCACCACAGUGACCAAUGCCGUGGGAUACUUCAACCUGGGACGUGCGGGCUGCGUGCUGGAGGGCUUCGCCGUGGCCUUAUUCGGUAUAGCAAGUCUGUGCACAAUAGCAGUCAUUUCUGUCGAACGCUACAUGGUGGUGUGCUAUCCCAUGGGUGCGGUCCUGUUCCAGACCAGACAUGCGGUGGCUGGGGUGGUGCUGUCCUGGGUGUGGUCGUUCGUGUGGAACACCCCUCCGCUGUUCGGUUGGGGGAGUUAUGAGCUGGAGGGCGUCAAGACCUCCUGCGCCCCCAACUGGUACAGCCGGGACGUCGGGAACAUGUCCUACAUCAUCAUAUACUUUUUCUUUUGCUUUGCCGUGCCCUUCUCCAUCAUCACAGUGUCUUACUCGCAGCUCUUGUGGACCCUCCGUCAGGUGACCAAGCUGCAGGUGUCUGAGGCUGGCAGCACCAACCGCGUGGAGGUGCAGGUGGCACGCAUGGUAGUGGUGAUGGUGUUGGCCUUCCUGGUGACCUGGUUGCCGUAUGCUGCCUUGGCGCUGGCUGUCAUCCUGGACUCCAGUCUAUACAUUGACCCCGUCAUCGCAACCGUACCCGUUUACCUGGCUAAGAGCAGUGGUGUCUACAACCCCAUCAUAUAUAUUUUCAUGAACAGACAGUUUCGGGGAUACGCUGUCCCCACCGUCCUGUGUGGAUGGAACCCGUGGGCCUCAGAUCCACAAACAUCUGACUGUGAGACCACGGUCGCCUCCAUCAACAAGAGCCAGAGAGUCUCACCUAAAGAAUCUCUAAAAGAAUAA